ACGAGUCGGAGUGGGUAAAUCAGGAGUUGGAAAGGUUGGAAAGGUUGGGGGCAAUAAGGUUAAUUCAUACGGAAAGAGAGCCGUGCAGGAAUCCGGCUUGGAGGCUUCUGGUGGCGUUCAUAGACUGGUCAGAGUGUUGUUAGAGCGUGCUGAUAGGUUGGCGUUUCGGGCGGUAGAUAAGGGUUAUAGGUUAAGGCUGGACAAGGCGUUGCGAGUGUUUGAAGACUUUUGUAUGUGGACGAAGGAGUCCUCUUGUCCCGCAAGUGUUGAGUUAAUUAAAGCCUUUUUAGGUUGGUUGGAAAUGGCAG